CACGCGAGCUCCUACCGAGUACAGUAACCAUACUUGGUACCAUGCGGGGGAAACUCUUUUUGCAUUUUGGUGGGAGACUUCACCCCAACACAUCGCCACCCCAAAACUGUCUACACACGACGACCUUCAAUUCCCCUCCUGUCCACCUCUCACAUCCUCUCUCACUCUCCGUCUCUCUACAAGAAUCAAACAAGAGACUCAAAGAUCCAACACAAAAAAAAAACACAAUGCCAAACAUCCCACCUCCCCGCUCAUUCUUCAGGUACGUACGUUCCUUAUCGUCAUCUCGUCCAUAUCCAUAUCCACAUGCACAUCCUCGGCAGGCUUCGGCUUGGAAGCAAAGCAAAGCAAGAGAGCUCCCCAUAGUAUAGCAGUAUUAUCUCCGUACUAACCUGUGCCAGUCGUCAACGAACCCCCAUUUUCAUCGUCCUUGGGGGUGGGUUGUUCAUUGGGUUGAAAUGGCGGGCGGUGAUGCAGAGGAGUGACGAGGCGAAGAGGGCUAGUGCUAAGGGCAGUUAUCAUGUUGAUGCUGGGGAGAGGAGUGGUAGGUUUUAUUUCUUUUUUUCUUUACAUUCUUAGGGAGGAAGGAGUCGAGAUGCAAGGAGGUUGCUGACCUUUUUGUGAUGUUAGGUGGUGGGAUUUAGUUGAUGAUGACGAUGACGAUGACGAGUCGAACGAUGGCUUAGACGAUGAUAAUGUGUACUGCACUCUUGCACUCUUGCACUCGUGCAGAGGACGCAGAUGGCGGAUUACAUACAUCUAAUGCAUAUAGAAUGGCACAACACAUGCAAAUGUGAAUGUUAGAGAGUCUUUACAUGGCGUUGUGGUGGGGUCUGGCGCAUUGUUUGGGAAGACAGAAAUAUACGAUAAUAAUCCAUUUCUAAAGACUAUGCUGAAAUUGGUUGCAAGGUAUAGCUUUGGUGAAAAGAGAUGGGGAUAUUUCUCUGCCUAGGUCCUAUUUGAGUUAUGAGUUGGUGACAACCCAUCGCUACAGCUAUGAAUAGAGAUGUCCUCUAAGCCUGUACCCCAGCGGAUUCUUAUUGAUC